GGUAAAUUAUUUUUAAAUGGAAAAAGUAUUACGGAGUAUUUAAAAAAGGAAGAGUCAUUUUUUGAAAGCUUAAAAAAAUUGGGGGUAUUAUUAAAAAAAAAAAAGAGUGACACUUUUUGACAAAAAUAAAUGAGUAGUGGAGUAUUGGAGUGGCAUUUCUAUCCAAACCUUACAACAGAGAGAAAUUAGAGCUAUGGCAGAAGAAGCCAAGGCCAAAGGCAACGCCGCUUACGCCGCCGGCAACUUCACGGAGGCCAUCAAACACUUCACGGAGGCGAUCGACUUCGCGCCGACCAACCACAUCCUGUACUCCAACAGGUCCGCCGCCUACGCUUCUCUGAACGAGUUCUCAGACGCCCUGGCCGACGCUCAGAAGACCGUCGUACUGAAGCCGGACUGGUCAAAGGGGUACUCCCGGCUCGGCGCUGCUCAUCUCGGCCUUCACCAGCGCGAUGAAUCCAUUGAUGCUUACAGGAAGGGCUUAGAUAUCGACCCUGAUAACGAGGCAUUGAAACAUGGACUCGCUGAAGCUCUAUACUCUCAGGCGGCCCAACCUAGGGUUUCGUCUGAUUUUCCGUUCGAAACUGCCUUGAAAGGCGAGCAGAUGUGGAUUAGGCUUGCCAGCAGCCCUAGUACCUGGGGAUACUUGCAGCAGCCAGAUUUUGUGAAGAAGAUGCAUGAUAUUCAGGAAAACUCUAGGAAUGUGGGCGUCUAUAUGAUGGACCCAAGAAUAAGGGAUGCCCUCACCCUGUUGUGGGGCGUAAAAGUGACAGCGGAAAUUUCUAUCAAGGGAGAAAAAUCUCCAGUUGAAGCAGAGCAAGAGCCAGAACCCGAAUUAGUGGAGCUCUCUGAUGAGGAGAAGGAGACUAAAGAUUCUGAUGAGGAGAAGGAGUCUAAAGAUUCUGAUGAGGAGAAGGAGUCUAAAGAUUCUGAUGAGGACAAGGAGACUAAAGAUGCUGGAAAGGGCCUUACCAGAGACGAAUUUGCAGAAGGGUACAUUAAGAAAGGUGCUGCAAAGAUCUUAAUGAAUCGAUAUGAAGAAGCUUUAGAAGCUUAUCAGGAAGGUUCGGUGCAUGUCCCUGGGCACUCAGAAUUACAUGAUUGCAUUAGGAGGUGCCUAGAAAAAAUGAACAAGGUGGCUCUUGGGGAUCUAACACCCGAAGACAAAUCCAAGGCCAAAGGCAACUCCUCUUUCGCCGCGGGUAACUUUUCCGAGGCCAUCGAACAUUUCACUGAGGCGAUAAACUUUGCACCGACCAACCACGUGCUGUACUCUAACCGGUCCGCUGCUUACGCUUCUCUGAAUAAGUUCUCCGACGCCCUCGUCGACGCUCAGAAGACUGUCGAACUCAAGCCGGACUGGUCCAAGGGGUACCUCCGGCUCGGCGCUGCUCAUCUUGGCCUUCACCAGCGUGAUGAAUCCAUUGCUGCUUACGAGAAGGGUUUAGAUAUUGACCCAGAUAAUGAAGCAUUGAAAUAUGCACUUGCUGAAGCUCAAUACGAUCAGGCAGCCCAACCUUGGGUUUCGCCUGAUAAUCCGUUCGAAGAUGCCAUUUCAGAUCAGGAGAUGUGGACUAGGCUUGCCAGCGACUCUAGUACCAGGGAAUACUUGCAGAAUCCCGAUUUCGUGAUGAUGAUGCAGGAGAUUCAUGGAAACCCUAGAAAUUUGCACCUCUAUGUGAAAGACCCAAGAGUAAGGGAUGCUCUCAUUGUGUUUUCGAGACCGAUUGAAGCAGAGCCAGAGCCAGAACCAGUGGAGCUCUCUGAGGUGGAGACGGAGAUUAAAGAGAGAAAAGCUGAAGCACAGAAGGAGAAGGAGGCUGGUAAUGUGGCAUAUAAGAAGAGGGAUUUUGAAACAGCGGUUCAUCACUACAGUAAAGCCAUGGAGAUUGACGACCAGGACAUUUCUUUCCUCACUAACAGGGCUGCUGUCUUUUUGGAGAUGAGAAAGUAUGGAGAGUGUAUCAAUGAUUGUGACAAAGCUGUUGAACGGGGAAGAGAGCUCAGGUCUGACUGCAAGAUGGUUGCAAGGGCUUUGACACGGAAGGGUACUGCUCUGACAAAGAUGGCGACGUGUUCAAAGGACUACGACCCAGCGAUUGAGACAUACAAUAAAGCUCUCAGUGAACAUUAUAACCCGGAGACACUGAAGAAGCUUAAUGAUGCUCGGAAGGCUAAAAAAAAAUUGGAGCAGCAAGAGUAUUUCAAUCCGCAAAUAGCAGAUCAGGAGCUUGAAAAAGGUAACCAAUUGUUCAAAGAGGAGAAUUACUCUGAUGCUGUUGGACACUACAGUGAGUCCAUCAAAAGGAAUCCAAGCAACCCUCUGGCUUACAGCAAUAGAGCAGCAAGCUACACUAAACUUGGGGCAUUACAUGAGGGGCUUAAAGAUGCUGAAAAGUGCAUUGAACUUGAUCCCAAAUUUGUUAAGGGGUACAUUAGGAAAGGUGCUGUUCAGUUCUUCAUGAAUGAAUAUAUGGAAGCUUUGGAUACUUAUCAGGAAGGUUUGAAGCACGACCCUGAAGACCCGGAAUUACUGGAUGACAUUAGAAGAUGUUGUGAACAAGUAAAUAAGGCGUUUCAUGGGGCUCAAACACCGGAAGAGCUGAAGGAAAAACAGGCCAAGGCAAUGCAGGAUCCAGAAAUCCAGAGCAUCCUUUCAGACCCCAUCAUGAGACAGGUACUUAAUGACUCCCGAGAACAUUCGGCAGCAGCGGAUGAACACUUUAGGAACCCUAUUUUGAAGAACAAGUUCUAUAAACUGCUCCUUGCCGGAAUCGUUCAAUUUGGAUAAAAAAAAUCAGAUCCUUUCAGGCAAGUUCGUCGGACUGUAUAUGCUCCCAACGCGUGAUGCGAUGCGUCUAACUUGUAGUAUGAUUUCUCUGCUUCUAUUUAGAAUUCUCAAAUGCUAUCUAAUGUUUCUCACAUGUUUGAGGUUGUUUUUUUUGUAUAUCCCACUUUUCAAAGGCAAUUUCCUCCUUAUGGGUGCGUGUUGUUGUUGCCCUUGAUCACCAAACAGCCUCAAACAUUCACUGAUCUACUAAUAUAUAUGAUCUACUUUA